AUGUCUAAAACGACGGGAGGGGCGGCUGGUUUUGGGCUCCAAGCAAGUCGUCACGAAUGCUCUCGUUUCCCCCCCCUCCCUCCGCAGUCGUCUUCGUCGCUAUUAACAACUCUUAUUUGAUGAAUUCGGCAUGGAGAAAGUAGCAGAGCCGUCUUGGACCUCGUCGUACACCUACCAGGUGAGCAAGCACAGCGCGGAGAUGCUGCACAGCCUCGACGCGCAGAGGAAAGAUGGAGGCAGGUUCUGCGACGUGAUCCUGCGCGUCGGCGAGGAGAGCUUCCCCGCGCACAGAGCCGUGCUGGCGGCGUGCAGCCAGUACUUCGAGUCGGUGUUCGGUGGCGGCGGCGGUGGCGGGGCCAGGGAGGAGCUGGAGAUGCACACCAUCAGCCCCAAAGUUUUCAAAGACAUCCUGGACUUCGCCUACACCUCCAGGAUCGUGGUGCGGCUGGAGAGCUUCCCGGAGUUGAUGACGGCGGCGAAGUUUCUACUGAUGCGAUCCGUGAUCGAGAUCUGCCAGGAGGUGAUCAAGCAGAGCAACGUGCAGAUCCUGGUGCCGACCGCGUCCUCCCGGGGGGGGGACGCCAGCCUGCUCCGGGCCCCGGGGGGGGAGCCGGCACAGCAGGGGCUCCUCAACGGGACGGGGGUGUUGUUAAACUGUCAAAACUUGACACAGAUGCAUGUGGGGGAGGACGGCACCGCAGCUGCAGCCGCCGUGCUGCUGGACGCCGGGGAGCCCGUAGACGGGCUCUCCUCCGCCGCCUCCCCGGUAGGGGACUCGCUCCCCGCCGACGCCGGCUCCCCGGGCUCCAAGCGCGGGAGGGGGAGGCCGAAGAAAGCAGAGGCCAACCACUUCAAUCACAUCAACCAGAACCAGAAUCAGAAUAACAGUGAGUUGUUCCCCUGCGGGACCUGCGGGAAGGCUUUCACCGAGGCGUCGCGGCUGAAGAACCACGAAGCGCAGCACGGAGCCUCCAUCAGCAGUAGCAGUCUGGCCGACAGCCUGGCCGCUAACGGCGGCCAACUGGCGCUGCUGGCGCAGCCCGGGCUGCUGCUGGAGAACGGGGCGGUGCAGUUACCCGGGGGCGGGCAGCUGUCGCUGCUGGACCACAGCCGCAAACGGGAGAGGACCAGGCGGCACGUCGGCUGCGACAUCUGCGGGAAGGUGUUCCGCGACGUGUACCACCUGAACCGGCACAAGCUCUCCCACUCCGGGGAGAAGCCGUACGCCUGUCCCGUGUGCGGGCUGCGCUUCAAGCGCAAGGACAGGAUGUCGUACCAUGUGCGCUCCCACGACGGUUCUGUGGGCAAACCGUAUGUGUGCCAAAGCUGUGGCAAAGGGUUUUCAAGACCAGAUCACUUGAAUGGACACAUCAAACAAGUACACACCACAGAGAGACCCCACAAGUGCCAGAUUUGCAAUGCCUCUUUUGCUACAAGAGAUCGUCUCCGGUCUCACCUUGCAUGCCAUGAGGACAAAAUCCCCUGCAAAGUUUGUGGCAAGUUCCUGAGAGCUGCAUACAUGACUGAUCAUCUAAAGAAGCACAGUGAAGGAACUCACAACUACUGUGGCAUUUGCAAUAAAGGUUUCUCCACUGCAUCCUACCUUAAGGUGCAUAUAAAGACACACCAUGGCUCUCUUCUGCCCCCCUCCGUCACAAUGCACACUUUCCCUGAACCAAGGGGGGAACUGCAGAUGCAUAACGGCACCCCUUACUACAUGGGACGCCAGUGCUCAGUGGAAGACCUGUGCACCAGUCGACAGCUGCUUCUCACCUCGUCUGAGGCAGAGGGUCGCUUUCAUGGGCUGUCCAGACACCCAGUUCCUCCCCAGCCUGGCCACUCAGCCCUCUGCUUGCAGCCUGAGCUGCUCAUGGGGAAGCCCGGUGGGGCUCCAUAUUUCUGGGAGUGUCGCUCAGGCGGGACGCCUGGCUUCCCUGCCCAUGGGCCUGUCACAGACGGGCAAGAAAAUGCUGGGAAAUGUCCUCACCUGGAGUCGGAGGAGUCAGAUACUUCGUUCAGGGAAUUGUCCAAUGGUGAGGAGCUUAAGUCUCCACAGAAAUCUGACGGACCUGAUCUGGACGUGCCCUCUUUAGCCUGUAAUGGAGCUCUCGCGGCGGCAUUGGCAUCUCCAGAAGGCUCUAAAGAAAAGAUGGACCCUGAGAAGAAGUUUACCUGCGGGAUCUGUGGUCAGGCUUUCCGCACUAAGUCCUACCUCAACAAACACCAACACAGAGUUCACAAAGCGCAGAGGGCCCACGGGGUCUCAGGCUCUGGCUUAAGUGAGAUGCCUCCCUCCCUGACUUCUCCCUUCUCCCCUCAACAAAACAUGUCUCUCCUUGAGUCAUUUGGCUUUCAGAUAGUCCAGUCUGCAUUUGCCUCUUCACUUGUAGACACUGAGGCGGGUCAGAGUGGGAUCGACUUCGGAGGGAAGUGACAUUUCUUCAGAGGCUUUACGAGUUGCUCAGCCCCUUGGUCUUUGUUCAAAGCUGAACUGCCCACAGAUGAUGCUCUGUAUUUGGAAAUAACCUUGCCUCAAGACUACUUUUUUCUGUUUGUCAUGUUGCUUAAUGUGUAUCUAAUAUUUUUGUCAAAGACUGCCAUAUAAUUUCUACUUUUUCUACUUUUUCAAAAUGUAAAAGGGGCGUUCCUUGUUGAAACAUUAUUUGUAGAGAAGUGACAUGAAGGAAUUUCUUCUAAAAUUGAUAUGUUUAAGUUCUGUUACUUGCAUCUCUUUCUCCAACAUUUGUGCUAUUGAGCAAUCUCAGCUGCAAAAAUGUUGAUUGACAUGAGAACAUAUUUACUGCAUUGUUAGAAUGAGUUAAUUAUUGUUUUGCCCACUUCAACAGCUUUGGUCAAGUUGGCAAAUUUGUCUUUGACCAUUACAGUUACCCUUCUGUUUAUUUGUAAGUAGAUGUCUUUACCUCAGAGCACCAGGAGGGCUAAAUUCUGUAUUUAUAUCAUUUCUUUGCUUCUUUAAAAGAUGCUUUUUUUUGCCCCCCUUACGCGCAGGGUUUUUGAUAUGAUUCUGUUUCAGCAGGAAGUUGAAUCUGCUAAUCAUCAUGGAGAAAUCAGUCUCAACACGCUCUUAGCACAUUCUGACAUAUUUGUUUGCAGCUUUUCUGUGUGUAUUGAAAUAUGUCCAAGACAUUGACAAUAAAUGGCUUUAGGUAGUGUGAGAAUUAAGGAGCACCUUUUUAAAGAGCCCUCUUGUCAUUUUUAAAAUUUUAAUAUUAGUGAGAUGAAUUAAAAAAGAAACGAUGAGAAAAAUAUAAUUUAAAGAAAAUCAAAAUGCAAGAGGAAGCCAUUGAUCAUAUUGAACUGUGCAAAAAAUAUCAUUCUGAAAAUUAUGAUUAUUAUGAUACGUUUUCUGUCUAGAAUCUGUUUUGAAAUGUGCCCAGAGCCUGUUGGGGUGAGUUUGUUUCCCUGUUAUAAGGACAAUGAGUUCCUCUCAUCACUCUGUUUUGUAACAGCUCAUCUGUUCUCUCUUACCUCCCCCUGUCUCUGACCCAGAAAUCACACUCAGAGCUGCAUUAUGAAGGAUGUCUUAAUUACCAAAAUGAUUGUGAGGUGGGGGGCUUUCUAGAGGAGCUCUGAAUGGGAUCCCACAGGUGUAUAUUAUGCUGAAGUGCUUUUCACAGCUUUUGCAUACUAAAGUGUUGCUGCGUAUGUCUGAUUUCCCGACGAAUCCUAACAUGCUUAGGCUAAAAGAUAAAGGACUGACAAUAUAACAAGAAAUGGCACAAGAAACCUAAUAGACAACGGUUUAAAAUCCUAUCUGAAAACAGUUCUUAUUAAGGAAAAUACCUGUCUCCUCCGCGCUCUAAUCAUUCUUUACUUGUUGCCUCUGCACAUUUCUCCAUUUGGAGGUGAAGAGAGGAAACAAGGAUGUACAAACUGAGAAAUGAGAAGUACAGAUUGUUUCCAAAAUAAUUUUUUUUUUCCUCUUUUUUUUUUUGUUCUCGCCUAAGUGCGGUGCUUGAAACAGGGACCAAGGUCACAUAUGUUUUCGGUAUAUAUUUUGAGAAACAAGAAUAUAUUUUAUUAACUUAUUAAUGCCCUCCGUUUUGUAUAGUUCUUUAAUUGUAAAACAAAUUUCAUGUCAUUUACAUUUUUUAUUUUUCCUCCGGCCACUUUAAAUUAUGUUACUAGGGAUUUGAAUGUGUGUUCACCACAGACGGCUAAAGGGUUUGGGGAAUGUUUUACACCAUGAUCCACAAGUCUCUUGAAUGACAAAACAGAAGUAAGAAAGUGAGCUGAUUCUUUGCCGUCAUCACCAGGACCUUUUGCUCUUUCUCUUCCCUCUCCUCAGAUUUGUUUGUGAUGUGUGCUGUUGGCUUAUGUUGCUCUUGUUUGCAGAAGUGGUCGCUCUGGUAAGGUGCAAAGUAUUUGUUUAGGUGUUAUCUGCAAAUAAGUUUAUUCCAACACAUUCCUGUGAUGAAACGAGCAUCAAAUAUUUUAUUUAAAUUCGUACAAGAAGCGCCUCUCACUUCCACAUUUCUCACUUAAAUUGUCAUCUUCUUGGAAAAACAAAAAGCCUGAUCCAAGAUUCUUAUGAUUUUCCUUGUUGCAUAAACCAACAAUAUAUGGAACUUUCCGAGAAAAAAUGUUCCCAAGGACGUUUUUGUCUAUUUAAUUUUAUUUAAAGCUGCAACCAAACAUAUUAGUUAGUAAAAGAAGCUGCCCUUUAUUUUUUCAUGUUUGAAAAUGUUAUCAGUGUUAUUGUCUUUUACUUUUUUUAGUGUCUUUAAUUUUUCUGAAAGCCCAAAACCUUUACUGUAUACUGCGUCAAAUCAGGAAAUUCCUCAGUGACACUGGAUUCGGAAAGUGUUUCAGUUUUUAUUUGUUUUAUUUUCAUUUCUUUAUUAUUAUCAAAAUAGGUUGCAGCUCUAAUUAAGCUUCAUUCAAAGUGGUCAAUCCGGAUACUUUUCAUAGUUUUGAGCCCCCCCCC